GAAUACCGUAAUCAUUUGUACGAUAUGGGCGAAACGCAUACUUGCGAAAAACACUCGUCAAUGUUUGCCCACAUCGUUCAAGAGGCUAGACAUGCAAGCGAAAAGGAUUGGAAGGCGGUGAUAAUGCAUCCGGAAAAUGAACCAGUCUUGCAUGUCCUUGGUAAUGUUCUUGGUGCGCUUGGAAGCAGAGAAUCGCUAAAAAUUGCCCGUGAAGUGCUUUUCGAACAAGGACCUGAUUUCAUCGACGAUUAUCUGUUUGGAGCUGCGCAAGCUAUUAACUAUGAUGAGAAAUGGCAUAAGCAAAUGAUGUACUUCAUGGCUGAUACAAAAAGCGAAAAUACCAAACUAUAUUGGAAAAUUGCCAAUACAAUGGCUACGAUUUUACGGCGACGAUGUGAGCGAACAAAAAGCAAGCAAGAAUCUUGCAGAUUGGGAAAGGAAAAGAUUGUUACCAAGUUCAUCAAUGAUAUAAGCAACUGUGAAAAAGACAAAUGCUGGUUGAAAGCUUUACGAGUGCUUCGAAAUCUUCCUAUAAACGCAUCCUAUGAUUUGGCACAAAAAUUACUUUGCUCUGACCACAGCCGAGAAGUACAAGUAGCAGCCCUUCAUGUAAUCAAGGCAGCGGAUCCAACCUUCUACGAUAUGAAGCUGAUAAACACGCUAAUAAGGCUGUUCCGUAACACUUGCCCUCAACCAACGAGCACCGGCGAAUCACAGUUGGCCGUGGAUAUUUUAAUGAACUGUGUACCGGAGCAUCAACAUGUUGCCACAUUAUUGCUACGCACAGAAACGACACAUCCAGAGGACCAUGAAAAAUGGAAAUAUUUUUAUAAAGCAGUGGAAAGCAGUUCAUUACAGGAUGAGUUGAAAGAAGAAUUCUGGCAUCGCAUGCGGAAAUUCAAGGUUUUCCGACCCAACUAUGCUCAACGAGCUCUUACCGCUCACUCAUUCAGGGACUGGCGAGAAAUUGCAGAACUCGGAGGUUAUACGCUCUACACCACUUCUGCCUCUGAGUCGAGAUCUGGAGCCUUUGCGCGGUCAGAUGUUGACCUUCGUUUGAAACACAGGAAAGAGGACCAUAGCCUCUUUGGUGUUAGUUUUGACUCACAGGCGUUAGAGUCAAUGCUUGGGGAGCAGAGUCAGCAGAGUAGCCCAGCCGAACCGGAAGCAAAUGUCCGAAUAUCGGUAUUCGACCAUGCACUGCCAGUCAACACUAUCUUCAAGGGUUCUACUGAAAUGCUGGGAGCCGCAUGGAAUGCUGAUGGUCACACAGUCAAAAUCCUGGAGGGAAACGUCAUGCUUCGAGACACACGCACUGCUUUGCCACUGCUUUCUGGUCUUACUGUAGAAAUAGCAUCCGUUGGUGCCAUUUCCUUGAAACUGCUGUCUGCAUCGUCACUUUCCUUGUGGAAUCAAAUGUCAACUUCAGAUUUUAAGGCUAAUAUAUCGGCCAGCAUGGACACCAGCGCCACUCUGCUGCAUCACGGAAAUGUCGUUCAUACUCUCAGUUCCUCUAUGUCAGCAGUUGGCACAGUUGGAGGAGAUGUCAAAAUUGCGUUUAGUGCCAUUCCUAUUGAAAUGUGUAUGCGGAUGCAAAGGGACGAGGUUCAUGAAAGUUUCGAAGCGAUCGAGGAAACUCCACAGAAACCGCGAAAGAAGAAAACGAUUACCCGUAGUCGCAGGUACCCUGGAGUGACCUUUAGGUUGAACAAGGAUCUUACGACACAAUGCAACUCUCUAACGGACAAUACACCUCCUUAGCAUUUAUCCUAUAAUUACCUAGUUGUUCAUUGUUUUCGAUAUGUUGUUGCGUAUGGGUACAUUAAGUAAAUAUUUGUC